GCGUGGGCCAGCCCGAGUAUGGCCGGAGAUGGCAUGUCGUAGUGUUGCGAUGGUCGCGCCGCGGGUCGCGCCGCUCGCCGCGCUGUUCGCCGCGCUGCUCGCCGCGGCUGCGUCGCGUGCGCCCACGCAGGAGCCGGUGCGCUUCGAGGCUGCGUUCCAAGGGCGGUGCGGGGAGGGCAGCCCGUGCGAGCAGUUGUGUCGCGAACUCCACGACGGCACGUACGAGUGCGGCUGCGGGCCCGGAUAUGUAUUACACGUGGACGGAUACGGCUGUCUAGAACUGAAUGCAACCAAAGCGACCGACAUAACGGACAUAGAAGAAGAUGUCCUAUACCAGAAAGACGUGUCCUUCUCCGCUGAAUUAGAAAUACCCCCGUCCAAUAGUAAUAAGCCUAUUGUAAGUGAUAAACAUAUCGAUGCAAAACAAAGACUUACAACCGCACUGCCGACGAGAAAAGAGAACUACACGCACACAGGCGAGAGGUACAAAGAAGCAGACGGUCUGAAGAGUCUGAUAGAAGACGGAGUUAGCAAUGUGGACCUCAAUAUUAUUGCCGAUGAUAAAAGGAACGGUCUGUUGGAAGCGAGUGAAGUGAAAGUGACGACGCUAGGGCCCAGUUUAGAGCAAAAAGUGCCAGGAGCGACUGCGUCACCCGCGUGGACGGCUGCGGUCGAUAACUGCGACUGUGAUUGUGAUGGACGCUGUGCCUGCCCCCUAGCGGCCACUAAGUGUAAACCAGAUCUGAAAGUUUCUACGCCCCGUUUCUCCGGCGCGUCGUGGCUGGCGUUGCGCGCGUUGCGAGGCGCUUAUAAACGCGUGCGUCUACGGAUGAGGGUGCGACCUGAGCGUGCGCGCGGCGUCCUCCUCCUCACUGGUGAACACGACGACCUGUCUGGGGAUUACCUGGCGCUGAUCCUGAGGAACGGUCAUGUGGAGCUGCGAUUCGACUGCGGUAGUGGAGCGGGAAUCCUUCGAUCUCCCGAGCCGGUCCGGCUUGGUCGCUGGAACACCAUAUCGGUGUACCGUCACCGGUGGGACGCUUGGCUGAGGCUGAACAACGGGAAGAGAGUCAGAGGUCGCUCUAAGGGCUUGUUUUCGCGAAUGACGUUCCGGGAGCCAGUGUGGGUGGGAGGCGCUGGCAAUACAACAGGACUGCAGACCAAACUGGGUUUGUCUGAUGGACUACUUGGCUGUGUGGACUUUCUGAGGAUCAACGGAGAUACAUACAGGCUGGUCAGAGAUGCUGUGGCAACGUUGGAUAUUGCCGAAUGUGCUCCAACCCUUGCACCGUGGAAGCCAUCUAAUGAAGUCACUACAAGCGAAUCAGUCCACAACAAUGAAGCUCAUGGCAUAUAUGACAUAAACGAUAUAGUACAUUUUGAAGACAAUGAUAUUGUAAUGAGAGAUGCUAAAACAGACGACCAUAACAAUUUAGACAAUUCAGUUGAACAGUUCAAGAAUUUCAGAAUGGUGAAAGAUGUUGCCAAAGUUAAUAAUGAAUUCAAUGAUCAAAUUAAUGAUUUGAACAAUGAUAUGAGUAAUGAUUUAAAAAUUGAUAAUGAUAAAGCGGUGAGAACGGAUAAAGGUGAUGAUAAAUGUGAAUGUCAUCACGGCGGUGGAUGCGUUGGUGGCGUGUGCUUGUGUCCAUUGGGGUAUGCUGGAGUGAAGUGCGAGAUUACCUUAGACUUAAAGGUACCAAGGUUUAACGGGUCGUCUUACCUCCGCUUGCCAGGUCUCGGCAAUUCAGCGCAGUCUUGGCUCGAUAUACAGAUAACUCUCAAACCGAGCGACGGUGAUGGUUUGGUGCUAUAUAAUUCUGAACAUGCGAGCGGGGAUGGUGACUUCUUUUCUCUCCACCUCAGAGAUUACUUCGUGGAGUUCGCUUUCGAUCUCGGUUCAGGCAUCGCGCUGGUCAGAUCUGCCUACCCUCUGAAACCAAACACCUGGCAUCGUGUAUCAGUAAGCCGUUCUGGCAAGCAUGCAUCUCUACGUGUUCGGACAUCGUCACCUGUUGACGUCAGUGUGACGUCGCCACGAGAGAACGAUGCAACCAGAUCAGUGACGUCACGAGGAGCAGCUCGACGGCUCACUUUACGACAACCGAUGCUCCUGGGAGGAGCGCCUCAUCCCUUACCUCCUAGACUGGCUUUGCGAACGUCGUUUAGCGGAUGUGUUGGACAAUUGGUGAUAAACGAUGAAGAGUUGGCAGUGGUAGCGUCAGCACUGGGUGGAUUAAAUGUGGACAAUUGCGACGAACCUAACAACACAACGUGCCUCAGCAGCGAUUUGUGCAGAGAAAUGCUCGAACCAAUACCCCAAUAUCCACAGAAUAUAUCCGAGAAUGAUAUCCACCAUUCAAUUGUGGCGAAAAAGGGGUUCAGACCUAAAUACCACAAAGUGAAAGCAAAGAAACACAGUCAACAUCUGCACACGGAGAAAUAUAAGAAGAAGAAGUUUUUCGCAAGUAAAAAGCACCAGUACUUACAAGAUACAAAAAGUAAUGACGUCAUAACUGAAGGUCCUGUUUAUGAUGGUCAGACGUAUAUGCAAGUGAAGUAUUUAAAUUCAAAUGAAAUCAAUUGGGGAGACACGAACACUUAUCCAAGCUUCAGUGGAAUUGAUAGUUUUAUUCAUAUUGACGAUGAAGAGACUAUGAAAAGGCUGCUGAGCUACUCGCUGGACAUCAACAUCCGGUUCCGGUCGGAGCGCGCGCGCGGGCUGCUGGUGUGGUCGGGCCGCGCGCGCGCGCCGCCCGCCGACUUCCUCUCGCUCGCCGUCGAGGACUCCGUGCUCGUCUUCAGAUAUGAUUUGGGCAGCGGUGAGGUGGUGAUCAUAGCAAACCAUACAAAAGUUGAUGACGGCUUGUGGCAUAGGGCGAGAGCGACCAGAAAUAGACAAGCUGGUGUUCUAGAAGUAGAUGGCUUGGGUUCUGUAGGGAAGGUGUCGCCCGGGAAACUGAAACAGUUAAACACUGAAAAUGGACUCUAUAUAGGUGGCUUACCAUCAAUAGAAAUUAACACCAUGGGCAAAUACAAAACCGGCUUAGUGGGUUGCGUCUCACAAAUAUCACUAAGUGGGGACUUCGAUAUACCACUGACGUUAUCAAAAUUACCACAUACAAUCACAAACAACGUUGGCAGAUGCACCCCAUAAAAAUAGCCAAUUCAUUUAAAUGAAUCAAUAGGUUCAUUUAAGUGAAUCCACUUUUGUUAUGAGCGCAGAGUCCUGGUUCAUUUAUUUCCAUUCUAAAUGAACUUACAUGAAUCCAUGAGUUUUCGGUUCAUAUAUUUUCAUUAUAAAUGAACCAGACAAUUAUGUGCGUAUAAUAUAAUGUUAGAUGUGUUUUGAUAAGUUCAUUUAUUUAUCAAGCAAUUAAUUGUUUAAACUUUGGUUCUUUUUUAAAUGAAUGACCAAUUAUUUUUUAAAAUAACUCCGUAACUACAUAUCAAAGUAAAACUUAUCGGAGGCAAUAAACUACAAUACGAUCAAAUUGAUGUCAGGUAAUAUCUUUACAUGAGUUUACACAACGUAAUAAAAUAAUUAAAUAAUAUACUCUUAGUCAAUUUAGAAAUAAGUAAACUGAUGAGUCUUUUGAACUAUAGUUUGUUUCAUAUACUGAUUUCUGAUAAAACAAUUAUUAAUUUUAAACUUAUUCACAUACUUUCAUCUUUUGAUUUCCAUGGACGAUGGAGUAACUUUUCAAAGUGCUUUACUAUCUAGUAGAUAUGAAAAAAAAAAACUAUUUGUAAUGUUAAAAUAAAUGAAAUUCUAGUCGUACGAGUGGUUUGCACGCAUUUCGGUUCAUUAAUUUUCAUUUUAUACGAAAUAGCGUAUCACAAACUUGUUACAAUGUGAGUGUAUUUUAUAAAUAGUUCAAUAAGUAUACAUACAUAGCGUUUGUAUAUCGGAAUUUUCAUAUGGACGUGGUUUUAGAACAUUGUAAGUAGAUAUAACGAUCUGUUUAUUUUUACUUAUUUUAUUUGAUAAACAAACCUUGUGAGUUUUUUUAAAUGAAAAUACUAUCUAUAAUAGUAUACAACGAUGAUUAGUGUUUUCAUAAAAAAAAAAUACUUAUCCUAACAAUUUGUUUAAUUUAUUAACCAUUCCAGUACACCGAAAUUGUUUAUCAAAUAAAACAAUAAAAAAUAAAUAAAUAGAUUAUACCAUAGUGUUUGAUAAUUGAGCUUUUUAUAUUAAGUGUUAAUCGUAACCUAGCUUUAGUUUGGCAAUUCAUUUGGUUCGCUUUAUUAAAUGACAAAACAUGUUUUAGCACCGCUUUAGUAAUAUAAUCAUAGAGUAUAUUUAUCAGGUAGUGUAAUUUUAAAUGCGCUUUGUAUGUAUAAAUUUAAUAAAUAUUAUAGGUUCUGGGACAAUUAAUACAAUCCUCUGAAGUAAAUUCAAGGGCAUAAAAUAUAAAAGUAUAAGUAUGUACACGAUAUGUGAAAAAUAAUUAGACAAAUAUAUAAAUUUAUUUAGAGAACUCGUAAGAUACUUUGUAGGAAUGGAUGAUCUUCAAAAAGGGUGUAUUAAGGUUUUUUCAGGGCCGGCAACGCGCACGUGACACCUCUAGUGUUGCAGACGUCCAUAGGCUAUAAUGACCGUUUACCUUCAGACGGGCUGUAUGCUUGUUUGCCAUUUUUGUGGUAUAAAAAAAGAAUGGUUUUAUAAAUGUCUGUUUGAUUAAGACUAUAGUUUCUGUCUAGGUACUUUAAUGAAAUAUGGACGUAAAGUAUAAGUAUGUAUGUAGAUAAUAUGGUAUAUUUCUGUUUUAUCUAACUCCGAAAAGGAGAAGACUCGUAAAUUCGCAAAGUAUAAGAAAUCAACAUUGCAUUAUGACAAAUUUGCGAAAAUGGUUGACUUUAUAAAUAUUACAGUCAGUCACUUAUUAGAAUUAAGUAGCAUAAUGUUGUUAUGAUUAAAUGUCAGCGACUGAAUGUACUCAGAGGAUUGUAAGUUCCCUAGAAGCCUAAAAUUGUGAAUUGGUUAUUUAAUGAAUACGACUUUCCAAAAAUAUUUUGCUUUAUAAAUUUUUUAAUGAAAUCGUUGCACAUCAAACAAAGCGCAGCUCAGAUUUUAAAUGUCAAAACGUUUUCGAUUUAGCAUUAAUAUAAUAUCGAAAAUAUAUUACCAUAUCUAUAAAUAAGAUACAAUGUGACUCUUAAUGAAGGAAUCGCUACAAAUUUUAUAGUCGUUCCCUCGCACAAUCUACGUGUGUUUUUAACACGUCUGAUUCACUGAUAAAGAUGAUACUGCCGAAAAUUAUCCUUUAAUAAUACACCUCGCCAAAUGGACUAACUAAAAUAAAACUUUGAGGAAUCUGUGAGUGUAGUGUCUGCGCUGCGCAACGCCAGGUGUGAAUUGGCCCUAAAAAUGUUCAUUAAAUAAUCAAAGAGCAACAUGUAUUUCCAUAAAAUUUAUGAACCCAUCGCUGGGAUUUCAUUUACACCAAUAAUUUUUGUCAAUUACGUAUUUCACAGGGUGUGAAUACUUUUAUAGAAUGCAUAUCUUUAUUGUGGUCUGACUCGAUGUUCAGUUGUCGGUAUUUUCAUUUAACCGACUUUAAGAAAGGGAGAUUUCAACUUAAUGAUUUUUGUAUGUCUAUCUAUAUUAAAUGACAUUUUCAUUUACUGUGAAUAUUUUUUUGAUUAAUUACCAUAUCAAAAAAAUUCCGAAAUAGUCCCAUAUUUUACAUAGUUUCUUAAAAUUUUAAUCGGUAUUUUGUUUAAAAUAUGUAUUAUUUUUUAGUUUAUAUUAUUGUCUGGUUUUAUGGAUAGAGAUGUGCAUCAAAGAAUCAUUCAAUAUUCUGAACGAAUGAAAAUAUAUGGUUUUCAUUCUUUCAGAAUUCAUUCAUUCAUUCUUUAUGCUUCUAGAACUAAAUAUACCGACUGAAUACACAUUGAUUUUAUUGGAUUGUACCUAUUAUACGUACGCUUACUUAUCUUGAGGUACAAAAAAAAAAUACAAAAAAGUAAUUUAACAUACAAUAAAAAAUGCAUAAUUUUAUUAAUGAUGUACCUAACUUAAAUAAUAUUUCAUUAUUUAUCGAUGAAUCUUCCGCAGAAGCAAGACAAAAAGCUACGUUAAUUAUUUUGUUGUUUCACAAAAAAAAACUGAACUAUUACAUUUGUUUAUUGUAAAUGAUACAUUCUAAUCUUGUUUUCGAGUAAACGUAGACCUACUUGUGACAUAUUGAUAGCUUGACUAGUGUUAGUUUUGUAUGUGAAACCUGUCCGAUGUAUAAUAUGCCGUUAUUUGUACAAAAUUAUAUCAAUAAAAUAUGAUUAAAAUGUA